AGAGUAUUGAUCCAUAUGCCUCUCAUCUUAACAAUGUUGCUAGCAAAGCAUCUCCCUUGUGGUUUCCACGCAUGUACUCUCUAGUUGGCCAAAUUGGAAAAAUGAAAUAUCAGAACCGACACACCAUUCCACUGUCCCUGCCAGCCACCAAGUCAACUCUCUUGGUAUAAUAUCCAAUCUAAUCUAUCACAAUAGUGACUUGAUCGGUGAGCAGAACUUACAACAGUUCAGACGACGAUUUUCAUGCAGAAGGAGAAGUAGAGUCCGUCAAGCAAGUAUAAUAUAGCUUCCAAUAGUUGAGUCCUUCCCAGCCACAGGAUCAAGUUAAUUUCCUGAUGGCUGACAACAUAAUGUCUUCCUAUCUCGCGGGAGCCAUCAGCCAAGUUGGGGCAGAUUUAACUCAUUAUGCUAAAAGCAACGUCAGUUUAUCACAGAGUAUGGAGAACAACUACGAAAUGUUGAGAUAUGAAGUAGCAAGGCUCCAGGCUCUUAAGGAUGAUUAUGAAAGGGAAGUCAAGAAACAUAAGAUGAAGACAACUACUUGCAGUUAUGAUGUAUGGCUACGCAGUGUUAACAAGAUUCUUCACAAUGCCAAAGAAUUAGAAGUUCGAAUUGAAGAAGAUCAUAGAAGGCUAUCAUCCAGAUUCAUUCAUGUGAAGCGACGAUCAAAUUAUAGUGAAAAACUGGUGAAAAUGCGUGAAGAAAUUCAAAAGCUUGUGGAAGGGGGGGAAUUUACAGGAGGUUUUUUGGUUGAUAAACCUUUAGAACCCGUCUUGAAGGUGAAUGCGCCAGAGAUCAAAGGAUUUCCUAGCCUUCAGAGGCCACUGGAGCAAGUAUUGGAGCUGUUGAGAAAUGACAAAUUGAAAGGAAUUGGGAUCUGGGGCCCGUUGGGUGUUGGGAAAACAACAAUAAUGCAGAACUUAAAUAACCAUGAUGAAGUAGCUAAAAUGUUUGAUAUAGUCAUUUGGGCAAAUUUCUCUAGUGAGAGGAGUGAGGAAAAAUUGCGAGUGGAUAUUGCUCGGCGGCUUAAACUAAAAAUGGAAGGCAUUGUCCAUCCUGAGGAUGUUGCUCAAGCAAUAUUAGAAGAGUUGAAUAACAAGAAGUAUUUGCUGCUUUUGGAUGAGGUGAUGGACUCAAUUGAGUUGGAAGAUAUUGGAAUCCCUAACAACAAAAAUGGCAGUAAAGUGGUUUUGACAACUGAAUUUCGUCAUGUUUGUUCUUCAAUGGCUGACAGAUUGAUUGAGGUCCGCCCACUAGCACAAAACGAGGCAUGGAAGAUGUUUAGGCAGAUGGUCAUUGAUGUCGUGGAUCUCCCUGAUAUUGAACCAGUUGCUCAGCUGGUAGCUAAAGAGUGUGAUCGACUCCCGCUUUUGAUCAAGACAGUGGCAGGUGCUUUCAAGUUGAAAGAUAGUGUGUCGGAAUGGAGGAAAGGGUUAAAAGACCUACGGAAGUGGCCAGAAAUUGAGAUUCCAGGCUUAACUGAAUUGCAUUCAUUCUUGAAGUUCUGUUAUGAUCAACUAAAGGAUGAUCAGAAAAGGAAAUGCUUCCUGUAUGGUGCAUUGUAUCCAGCAGAGAGUAAGAUUUAUACAGAUUAUUUACUGGAGUGUUGGACUGCUGAAGGACUCGUUGGCAAUAGCAAUACCGAUGAGAAGAGGAGAUUUCAAGAUGCUCGUGAUGAAGGGUAUGACACAUUAAAGUAUCUAACUAAUGUGUCAUUACUUGAGAAGGGUGAAAGGAUGAUUUUUGUUCAAAUGAACAAUAGUAUCCGACAGGUUGCUUUGUAUAUUUCUUCACAAGAUCCUGAUUGUAAAUUCUUGACUGGGAUGAAUGAAAAUUCACCUGAUUGCUUGGAAGAAAAUGAUUGGAAACAAGCAAAGAGGGUCUCCAUGAUUGACAAAAAGUUAACAGACUUGCCAGAAAGCCCCGAUUGCAGCAUGCUUUUGUCACUAUUACUACAGAGAAAUUCGACUUUGACAGAAAUCCCCCAAUCUUUUUUUGAGAAUAUGAAGUCACUUUUGGUUUUGGACCUAUAUGGAACUGGGAUUGAAUCACUGCCAUCAUCUUUAGCAAUGUUGACAGGUCUUAAGGGGCUUUACUUAAAUAAUUGCAUCCAUCUAACAGAGUUGUCCCCCCAUGUUGGAGAACUUCACUGUCUCGAGGUGCUUGACAUUAGAGGCUGCAGGAUAAGCUUCAUUCCAUUUCAUAUCCAUAAACUGGUUAACUUAAGGUGCUUGCGAGUUUCAUACUAUAAACCUGGCAACCCAAAUGAUUAUCAAGAUAUGGACAUUGACUGUGACGUGAUUCCAUUGCUCGCCAAACUGGAAGAAUUGAUGAUUGAUGUGGGUUCUUAUGACCAUUGGUGCAAGGAAGUUGUAGAUGUAAUGAGGCAGGUGGCUACCUUGAAAAAUCUAACUACUCUCAGAAUCUGCUUCCCUAAAUCAGAGGUCCUCAAGGCUUUUAUGCUGCAGAGCCCAUCAUGGAAGGACCGCCAACAACUGACUUCCUUUCGAUUCUUCGUUGUCCAAAACAGGAAACGUCCUCAAAUUCUUGAGUAUUUUAAGUACAAAAUCAAUCGGUAUUUGGGAUAUUUCCAUGGCAAUCACAGUGAUUACUCAAUCAUUUGUGAUCUGCUUCCUGAAACUGAUGCAUUGGAAUUGGUUGAACACAAAGAUAUCACGAGUCUGGUGGAUUUCGUGAAUGUUGCUAGCUUUAACAGGAUUCGUGGUUGUCUAAUUGAAAGGUGCAACAAAAUGACAACUAUUGCAAACGGCAACAGGACAGAAAGUAGAGUCAUCCUACCAAAUCUGGAGCAAUUGCAUUUGGUGAAUUUGCGGAGUCUGCAAACCAUUUUUGAGGGCUUCCUCUCAACCAACAGUCUUUCUAAGUUGCACACAGUGGUGGUGACGAGUUGCCCAAUGUUGAGAAAAAUUUUCUCCCUCGGGGUGAUUCAACAUCUGUCAAAACUCCACAAACUAGCAGUUCAAAGUUGCGCUGAGAUUGAAGAGCUAAUUGAGAAAGCUGACACUGCUGGCCAAGUUUCACCUGCUUUUCCGAAUCUAGAGACAUUGAUACUGAUUGAGAUGCCAAAACUAAGGACUAUAUCUGUAGAUAAGUCAUUGGCGUGGCCCUCGCUGAAAGAGGUUCAAGUUUACAAGUGCCCUGAAUUGAAAUCACUGCCUUUUGACAAAGACAAUGCAGCAAAUCUGAAAUCAAUUGAAGCAGAACAAGUAUGGUGGGAAGCAUUAAGUUGGCCACAAAAUGGUGUCAAAGAACAGCUUCAAUCAAUCUGCAAUCUAAGGUAAAUGGCUUUUUAUUAUUAUUAUUAUUAUUAUUAUGUUUUUUCUGUUCUUAAGAAAUAGAUUGAUGUAUAAUGUGUAUGUACCAUGCACCACAUGAUGUAUUUUGUUAUUUUUAUCUGUUUAAACUUGUUGGGGCAGACAACUUACCAUUGUGCAAGCAGCUGUCUCUUAUCCAAACUUGAUUUGAAGUAUGCAAUGUAGCGAAGACAUGGUCAAACCAUGUUUUUUUUUUUUACACGUAUGCUGCAACCCGGAUAAGGGACUGGGUUAUUUGAACUGAAACCUAUCGGAUGACAUUUUUUAAGGGCUACACUAUGAACUAAGCUAACCUUGGAUUCGGUCAAACCUAACUUUAUCCCUUUCUAAAGGAAAAAUUGCAGUUUAUAAGCUCCAUAUUCCAGUGAUGAUAGGGUUUUUCUAUUUAUGGAAUUACCUCUUCGAGUAUCAGACUAGUGAACAUACGUGGCAUUGUUCCUUUAUCAAUUUACUGGAUCAUCUUUCGAGAGGAUGAUCACGUCAUAUCACAACUUAAAGACGAUAUAUAUUCUUUUAAUUCUUUAAAAUUUUACUGGAAGAACACAUAAGAAAUCGCAUUCACAGUUGAUUCAAAAGGAGAUGGCAUAAACAGCCGCCGUACAGCAUUGGAGCCACAACAGAAAAAGGCUGCCACGGUGAAAAAGCCACCCAGUUGUUCCAUCAAUGAAUCUCAACGGAUGAUAAGCAAACCAAUAACUAGCUAUUUCAAUGGAUGAUCAACAAAAAAAAUUCUACUAUCAGGCUAAGUAAUUCUGUGAAUCCCACACUAGCGAUGCAGCCAGUUCAGCCGCCAAUUCAAGGUCGAGGAAGGCAGCUGCAGGUGGCAAAGGAGGUGGCAGUUGUACUGGUGUAAAUCUUGCUAAAAAGGGGAAUAAUUUUGUCACAUAUUGGAAAAGAAUGUAUGCCUGGAAAACAUUUGUUAUAAAUUUCCGACCCCUUCUUUUGUUUCUUCAAAA